GUCAUCUUUAUACGGAACUCUGUGACCCGAUGCUGAUCGUCAUCCUUCGAUUUCGGAUAUACCAAGUUCCUACGAGCAGAGCAUUGUAGUCGAGUAAUUCCAAUCGUCUUACGCGUUUUCGGACCAACAUUUUUUUCAUUAACGCAUGCAAUCGCGGACAAUGGAAAUGAACGACCACUUCUCAACGUUUACCACAUUACUAACAGGCGUCGAUGCACCCUCAAGAGUUGGUGGCGCAAACAGGGGUGUCCGUUCAUCUGGUAUUUCCGGCGAGUCGACCACCAGUUUUGAGCCCAGUGCAUAGUACUGGAAAGCAUAGUAAUUGUGCUGCAUUAGAUCUUCAAAGAAGAGGAGCAGAAACUGAAAGAAUACAGAAACUUAUGACUUAUCCUAUUAAUGUAGCUAGAAAUGUGGCCAGAAUGCAGGCAAAUACUACUCGUGUUCUGGUAUCAGAUAUUGAACUGUUACCCAGUGAUAAACUAGCCUCUGGUUUUAUGAAGAUUGUCCAUGGUAGAACACCAAAAACUGGAAUUGUUUUUGUGGUGCCUGUAUUUGAGAUAGAAUCUAAUCAGAGACCACCUUCAACGAAAAAGGAAUUGCUCUUAGCAAUAGAAACUGGUAUAGCUGUAUAUUUUCAUAGGUUUCUUUGUUCACAUUGCCAAAAAUUUCCUGGUAUCACUAGGUGGUUACUCAGACCAGAUCCAGGCAAAGUAAAACCACUUAUCAUUACAAAAAGAGAAUAUCCACAUCAUAGAUGGGAGCCUGUUUUUAUUGGAACACAAAAUGAUCCACUUUACAUGGAAGAAAUGUCUUGGGAAGGCAGACAAGAUAAAAUGACCCAGAUGUAUGAAAUGUGUCUUCUAAACUAUCGAUUAGUUAUACUUGAUGGUGCCUUUUUAGUCCAUACACCAGGUAUUAAACGAAGGAAACUAAAAAUUAGUGCAGCGAAACGAGAAUUUCUGAAAGCCCAAGAAAGGAGAAAUGCAGGAAUAUAUCAACGUGUAAUUAAACGCUUGUUAAAACAAUAUCCUACUAAUCACAAAUGUGCAUAAUAACAUUUAUUACCAAUACAAGGCAGUGCCUAAACAAAGGUUCAGUAUGAAGAGUUGUUUACCUGAAAUAUACCUAUUAUAAUUAUUGGAAUAAUUAGAUUGAUAUGCUUGAGGAAAAGAUAUAUACUUAUUUUAUAUGUACAGUUAUAAUAAUACAAAUAAUAAAUUUAGUAUAAUAUA